ACACUAAUCAAAAAAUCGUCAUUAAAAGUUGAGAACGCAAUAGAAACGGAUGAUAUUGGAAUUCGUGAAAAUUGUUUAAACAAUUUAAAUUGUUUGAACCAGCCAACAGCAAAUAGAAAUUUACUUUUCAAGGCAAGUGCAGUGUAAAUCGAAACAGUCUCUAAAACAUUUCGUUGUAUAGUAGUGUUCGUUUCUGUGUGUGUGUGUGUUUGUCUGUGCGUGCUCGUAAUUAACUGUAAGAAAAAACAACAAUUGGGCAAAUGUUACAUUAUGAAAUUUUGCAAUAAAGAAAAAUAAUUAUUGUCACAGCAGUAACAAGGCAGCAGCUGUCUCCAGUUGAUACAUAUAUCCUCCUUUUGGUUUUUUUUUUGUUUUGGAGGGGAAACUGCUGCAUUGUGCAGCUGCUGCUUGUUGUUGGUAAUGGCCUUUCAAUAGGGUGAGAGAGUGAACCAAGCGGAAGAGAGAGAGAGAGAGCGCGGCUAAAAGUGCAAAGUUACUGUGCGUGUGUGUGAGCCUGUGUGCGUGAGGCAUUAGUCAUAUUUAGCCUGGCCAGGUUCGAGUGGUCGAGUCUUGGCUCAAACCAAACAAGCGACAGCAAAGACAAAAAAAAUUAACUGUUGACCAAAAAGGCAGACAAAAAGUAGCAGAGAGAAAUAUUAUUAUGACCAUACCAACACGACCAGCGCCUGCUCCGCCUGGUUCUGGUAGUGCAGCGGCAGCUGGAGCUAAUGCUAGUUUGGAGCAAUUGCGUCGACAGCUCCAGCAGCAGCACCUUGAGCAGCAGCAGCAGCAGCAGCAGCAUCACCAACAACAACAACAACAGCAGCAGCAAACACAAAAGUUGACAAUCAAAUUGCCACCACCGCCAAAGGGAGGACAACCCUUGCAACAGCAGUCGGCAACAAAGAAAUCCUUCAACAAUAACUAUUUCGAUGAUAGUCAGACUGGUGGCGGAUCGAAUAUAACGAGAAAGUUUCCUCAGGCUCGCUUGUAUACGCCAGCCACCAAUUGGGAUGAUGAUCCAUUUGGUGGGGGUAAUAGCAACGCAUCGAAUGGAAAUGGCUUGGGUUUAAAGAAGAUGCCACCGCCGCGGCCGCCGCCACCAAAAGUCCAGGUAAAUGGACACCGUUCUAACGAAGCGGCGGCAUCCGGAGGCAGUGGCAAUCGUCUGAUACCCAACAUUUUCCAACGCAAGAAAGCCACCAACACGUCGUCAGCAACGGCUGCUGCUACUAAGGUUGCAGCACAGAAUCGUGUCUACGGCCUGAGCAGCGGUCAAGUUGCUGGCAGCAAUGCCGGAGGAUUGACUACCACGUCAUCGUCAUCGUUAUCGUCCUCAACGAAUUAUGAUUGGAAUGCUGCAUGGAAUACGGCAACGACUAGCAGCAGCAGCACCAGCGGCUCUAAUUUUGUGGGCUCCUCAUCUAGUAGUACUAGUGGCGCUGGAGUGGCUGAGGGUCAACUGAUUAGCUUUGAUUCGCCGCCAUCGUCUCCGACUUUUACACAAAAAUCGAAUAGCGAUUGUGUUAGUGUCGAUAGCUUUAGCUCCGACAGCAAUUUCAGUUCUCCGAAUAAUGGAAGCGUUUCACAACCGGAAAGUGGUUUCGAAGACGAUUAUCAUCAUAGAUCACGGCCAUCGACCCAAAGUCCCUUGGAUCCCUGGGAAGCGGUUGACAGCAGUGGCGGGAAUUACGGCACAAUUGAUUCAUUUGGCUCCGCUCCCGUUAGGCAAAUGCAAUUGCAGGGACGCAGCUCCGACAAUCCGCUAUGCAAUGGCAAAAGUCUCUUGCCACCCACCCAAUCGCUGCAGAUGCCCACAAUAAUCAAACCGAAAAUAUCACAGAAACCCAAGGCACCCAAGCCGCCUCCGUUUAUUGGAGGAAUGCCUGGUAGUUAUCUAGGAGGAGCAGCAGGGGGAUGUACGCCACCUUCACCACCUAUGCCCAAGGGAGAGCCACCCAAAUUGCCGUCUACUAGCGCCGGCAUGGGGGCUGCAAGUGGUGGCAUCUGCCUAUUGGAUGUCAUCUCUGGCAAAGUGGAUGCUUUGGCUCUAAGCAAAGGCACUUUGGGUUAUAUCGAGGAAGAGCAAAUUCCAUAUGCCAUAGCUCUAUACGACUUUGAUGGCGUCGAAGAGGGAGAUCUGAACUUUAGGGAGAACGAGAAAAUCUAUUUGCUGGAACAGCCCACACCGGAAUGGUUACGUGGUCGUACGCGUGCCGGCUGUGAGGGUAUCUUUCCGGCUAAUUAUGUGGAAAUUAAAGUACCAUUGUCUUCUAACUCGAAUCAGUUGGUGUCGCCGCCAACUCCAUCUCCCGUCUCAGUUCAGGCUACGGCACGUUGCCUCUAUCAAUUUCCCGGUGAGGUUGAAGGGGACUUGCCUUUACAGGAGAAUGACCUGGUCACUGUUUUGUAUCGCAUUAAUGAUGAUUGGCUCUAUGGUGAAAUCGAUGGACGCCAAGGGCAAUUUCCGGCUAAUUUCCUAGAACAUAUUCCCCCAAAUUUGCCCACAAUGUGAAGGCUAAAUUAUAAUUAUCAGUAUAUUUACAAAAAAUAAUUAUAAUGAUGAUGAUGCAUACAAGGAACUUGUCGAUAAGAACUGAAACAUAUACAUAUUAUACUAUAGUUUAUAUAAGAUAAAGAAUGUAUUUUUUGGAGUAAAAUCCCUGGGAAAAUUGAAGUCAAAUAACAUUUUUUAACCAAGAGUAUGCCUUUACUUCCAAAAUAUGUUCCCUGAUUUUUAAACAAAAAAAAAAAAAAAAAAGAAAUUAUGUUAAUUCCCGAAUCGCCCUCGAAAAUUGAUGUAUUUUUUAAUAUUUAAUAGAAGCCUGUAGCCAGGGAUUUACUUGUUUUUGUCCUCAAACACAGCAAAAUGUAAAUAAGUUAGUUUUCCCAAUCAAUUUUUAUUUAAAUCAAUUAGUUAAUUAAUGAGAUUUAGUUAGGCACAAUUAAUCGAUUCCAAAACAAAUAUAUUUUUGAUUCUGUAUGUAUUAAAUAUUACAAUUAUUAUUAUUAUGAUUAUACAAAAUAUUGUUCUUGAUUCUGUUUAAUUAAGUGUCUUAAGUUUAUUCCUAGGAUGGCAACCUGUAACAGAAAAUCAAGUCUAUCCUAGUCUCUAUCUAUCUAUCUAUCUUUCUAUGUUUGCCUUAAGAGAAUGAAAGAGUUUAAUUUAAUAGGAUUUACAAAUUAUUAUUCAACAAGAAAAAUAAAUAUAUCAGGAUAUGUAUCCUUAAAGAUACGAUUGAAA